UCCGCUCAGGGCUCGCUUCACUUCCGCAUCGCAAACUUUCUUUUUGAAACUCCCUGUUUCAGCAGCCGGUUCCUGACACACUCUCACACACACACACACACACAGAGGGAGAUGUCGGCGGGAGACGCGCUGUACUCGGGGGUUUUACUGGCUAUAGACAGCAGCCUGGUGCCGGAGGAGCGGAGAGCCGAGACCCCGUCCAUGCGGGACGGACUGGAGCUUCACACCGAGGCCGAGCUCCGGAUCCUGGGCUGUGAACUCAUCCAGUCCGCGGGGAUCCUCCUCAGACUCCCCCAGGUUGCCAUGGCGACAGGACAGGUUCUCUUUCAGAGGUUCUUUUACUCCAAAUCUUUCAUCAAACACAACUUUGAGAUCGUGGCCAUGGCGUGUGUGAACCUCUCCUCCAAGAUCGAGGAGUCUCCGCGGAGAGCGCGUGAUGUCAUCAACGUGUUCUAUCACCUGAAGCGGGGAGGCAGGAAGAGCGCCCCCCUGAUCCUGGAUCAGAAUUACAUCAACACCAAGAACCAGGUGAUUAAGGCGGAGCGGCGCGUGCUGAAGGAGCUCGGCUUCUGCGUCCACGUCAAACACCCGCACAAGAUGAUCGUGAUGUACCUGCAGGUAUUGGAGUGUGAGAAGGACCAGGUCCUGGUGCAGACGGCGUGGAACUACAUGAACGAUGCGCUCAGGACCGACGUGUUUGUGAGGUUUGAACCCGAGACCAUUGCAUGUGCCUGCAUCUACCUGGCUGCUCGCGCCCUGCAGAUUCCUCUUCCCACCAAGCCGCACUGGUUCCUCCUGUUCGGAGCGUCGGAGUGUGACAUCAGGGAAAUCUGCAUCAGCACACUGAAGCUCUACUCCAGGAGGAAGCCGGACGUUACUCAGUUGGAGAAGGAGGUGGAGAAGAGGAGGAUGUGUCUGGAAGAGGAGAAGCUGAAGAUGAAGAGUGUAAACUCCAGCCUGACUCCAGCACUCAACCACACCAACACCUUCUCACCUGCAUCUAAACCUAGUUCUCCGAGGGAGGUGAAGACGGAAGAAAACGGCAAACAAUUGAGAGAGGAGAAAAAGGAACACCUGAGCUACAAAAGUCCCAUCACCAGUGUGAAAAAGCAGGAUAAUGAGAGAGUUGUGCAGAACGGUCAGGCUGCCCCCAGGGGGCGCUCCACAUCCCCCUCUUCCCACACACGCCGGAGUCGCUCAGGAUCCUACAGCUCUCCCAGCAGCCGCAGCCCGUCGCCACAGCAACGGCGAAACCAGAAGUCACCGCAGCGCCAGAGUCGUUCUGAAGGCAGAUGGAGGCGCUCUCGCUCCCGUAGCGGCUCACGGGGUCGUCGCCGCAAUGACGAGAAAUGCAAGCAUGAACGCUGGGAGAGAAGAGAGCAGGCACGGUCACGUGAUCGCGGGGAGUCACGUGAUCGCGGGCGAAAACACGAGCGCAGGACACAUUCCGCACAUUCUCGGCACCGCAGGUGAACUUCCUGUCUCUCACGGACUCUGUGGCCAGAAGGAUUCGGAUUGGUUAUGUCAGGAAACUGGUAAAAACGUAGGGGAGGCGGGGCUUAGACAGGAAAACUGGAUUUGAUUGGCUAGAAUUUCAAACUAAAUAUUACCAUGACGACUGCGCAUGCUAGUCCUUACAUCCUGACAGAUGCUAGCUCACCGUUUAUCCACCUCAUAGGCAUUAGUGGCUAACGUUUAGCUAAGUGCCUAACUCAUAGUUAUAGAUAACGCGUUGCAAUAACUGAACACACACACACACACACACACACACACACACACACACACACUGCUACUGCUAGUCUUGUGCACCAAAUA